AUGGCCAGCUUUAAUCCUGCUGGAUAUAUGCAGCAACCUAAUCUAGCCAUGCCAAGUCUCUUUAACAUUCAUAACCAACGAAGAGUGAUUACAACACCUGCACAGCUAGUUCCGGCGCAGGCAGGUGUUCACCAGUCAAUUAGUCCAACCAAUUAUAUGCCUGCUAGUGUAAUGGCAUUGGCAAAUAAUCCUAGAAUCCCGAUUUCUAUUCCUCCAACAAUGCGUAUGGUGCCAAGCAACGAUACUGAACUUGAUGCACUUUUGAUUAUUAUUUCAAGACAAAUCCCUGGUGGAUUUAUCAUGCGGCUUUUACUAUUUGGUGAAUAUCUAGGGGGCGACAGGAAUGUAUUGGGUAUAUAUCAUCAAAAAACAGAUAUUCAUUAUUGGAAAGUCUUUGCGCAAUUUUUCUUUGCUGAUGAUGUCUAUAUGAAAUACACAUUAUGCAAAGAGCGAACGGAUAAUCCACAGGAAGGAAGAACUUUUGAAUUAAAAUACGCAGUAAUACCAAGAUUCUAUCAUACAUUCUUUGAAUCAGGCGUCACAAGUAUACAGCUAAUAUUAGGUAGUCCCAAAGAGCAAGACAUGGGUAAUGGCUGUCAGUUAGAUUGUCCAAAAGCCUCCAUGGUCGUUCAUUCCGGACACCUGAUAGUUAUGUUCAAUCAACAAACAAAAAUAAGCAGCUUUGAAUUUCGCACAAAAAAUUUCACAGAAUAUAUACCACGAUCUCAUGUUGCGAGACAUAUGCCAAAUGGUGUUGAAUCGUCUGUCGUAUGCGAGUAUGGAAUUCCGCAUAGGACGUUUCGGUGUCUAGACCUUGCAGAAUGUUCCGAUAUAAUGCAAGGAGUCAUGACAGAGUGUGUGCAAAAGCGUAUAGGACCUAUGCAGGCAUUCAGAGAUUUGACCAUGGCAAUGUCACAAUCCUCACAGUUACCAAUGCAAACAACAAAUCAAGCAAUUCUUCCCUACAUAAUUAAAGAUGAGAACUCAAUUAAAAUGGAACAGCACGAUGAACUAAUUGGAGGAACAUCACAAUAUUGGAUCGCCUCAUCAAAAAACAAAUACUCAAUCUCCAAUUUUAGCAGGAACAAUCAGUCAAGUCUUGAUGUGGAAAUUGCAGUUUCGCUUCAAGAGGAGAACAAACAAAGACGAAAUUUUCAUACUCGAGAUAUUUCGAUUUCGAAAAGGAUUCGUGACGAAUCUUCAAAAGGUAAAAUCAUCCUUAAAUCAAAAUCAGCAUUAGCAUUGACAAUCAAUCAUCGUUUCACAAUUUCGCCAUUUUCGUCGUCAUCAUCGUCAUCGUCGUCACUAUCGGAGCGACAAUUAAUUAUUAUACUAGCAUAUUAA